AUGGAGAAGGAGAAGAGCAAGUUCAGCCUGAGCCGCAUGCUGUUCCUCUACCUGUUCAAAAAGAACAAGUCCCUGGCCGGCAGUCCUGCUCACUUUAACAGCUGCAGAUCUACAGCUGACACAGACAGCGACACUGACAAUGGCGUCCCGGCUGAACCGGGCAACCAGUGGACGGAAGAUGGAGACAUCAAAGAGAUCAACAUCACACAUGUGGUCAAAGAGGGCUCAGAGAAGGCUGACGCCUCUCAGUUUGAACUGCUCAAGGUUUUGGGACAGGGAUCCUUUGGCAAGGUGUUUCUCGUGCGAAAAGUGACCCCUCCGGAUGCCAACCAGCUGUAUGCCAUGAAGGUCCUGAAGAAGGCCACCCUCAAAGUGAGAGACCGUGUGAGAACCAAAAUGGAGAGAGACAUCCUUGCAGACGUCAACCACCCAUUUGUUGUCAAGCUGCACUACGCAUUCCAGACUGAAGGGAAGUUGUACUUGAUCCUGGAUUUUCUCAGAGGGGGAGAUCUCUUCACUAGACUCUCUAAAGAGGUGAUGUUCACGGAGGAAGAUGUGAAGUUUUAUCUUGCUGAGCUGGCUUUAGGUCUAGACCACCUCCAUAGCCUUGGCAUCAUCUACAGGGACCUCAAACCUGAAAACAUUCUCCUGGACGAAGAGGGACAUAUCAAACUGACAGAUUUUGGUUUGUGUAAAGAAGCGAUCGAUCAUGAGAAGAAAGCUUACUCCUUCUGCGGUACCGUGGAGUACAUGGCCCCGGAGGUAGUGAACAGACAGGGACACAUCCACAGUGCCGACUGGUGGUCGUUUGGAGUACUAAUGUUUGAGAUGUUGACAGGAGCGCUGCCAUUUCAAGGGAAGGACCGCAAAGAAACCAUGAACCUCAUUCUGAAGGCACGUCUAGGAAUGCCUCAGUUCCUAAGUGCAGAGGCCCAGUCUCUGCUCAGGGCUUUGUUCAAGAGGAACCCUGCCAACAGAUUGGGAUCAGGUGCUGACGGUGCGGAGGAAAUUAAACGGCACGGCUUCUUCUCCACUAUAGAUUGGAAUAAACUCUUCCGAAGAGAAGUAAAGCCUCCAUUUAGGCCGGCUGUGGCACGUCCAGACGACACUUUCUAUUUUGACUCUGAGUUCACUUCUCGCACACCAAAGGACUCCCCUGGUGUUCCUCCCAGUGCCGGAGCUCACCAGCUAUUCAGAGGAUUCAGUUUUGUUGCAUCAACUAUGUUGGAGGAGGAAGGAUCCAUGCUACCUGUCCAGCCCCCGCCACACCCAGUGGUCCAGCAAUUGCAUGGAAAAAACCUGCUGUUCAGCGAUGGCUACGUACUGAAGGAGGACAUCGGCAUGGGCUCGUUCUCCGUCUGUAAACGAUGCAUCCACAAAGCCACCAACACUGAAUAUGCUGUCAAGAUGAUUGACAAGACAAGCACUGACCCCUCUGAGGAGAUUGAGAUUCUUCUCAGAUAUGGACAGCAUCCCAACAUCAUAACACUGAAGGAUGUGUAUGACAAUGGUAAGCAGGUGUUCAUGGUGACGGAGCUGAUGCGUGGAGGAGAGCUGCUGGAUCGGAUCCUCAAGCAGAAGUUCUUUUCAGAGCGAGAGGCUAGCGCUGUUCUUCACACCAUCACCAAGACUGUGGAGUACCUCCACUCACAAGGGGUUGUGCACCGAGACCUGAAGCCCAGCAACAUUCUCUAUGUUGACGAGUCGGGGAAUCCCGAGUCCAUCCGGAUCUGUGACUUUGGAUUUGCAAAACAGCUGCGUGCCAACAAUGGUCUGCUGAUGACCCCGUGCUAUACUGCUAACUUCGUAGCUCCUGAGGUGCUGAAGCGUCAAGGCUAUGAUGAAGGAUGUGACAUCUGGAGUCUGGGAGUCUUGCUGUACACCAUGUUGGCUGGAUUUACUCCCUUUGCAAACGGACCUGAGGACACUCCAAAUGAGAUCCUAAGCAGGAUAGGAAGCGGUCACUUCAGCCUAGCUGGAGGCAACUGGGACACUGUUUCUGAUGCUGCAAAGGAUCUUGUGUCAAAGAUGCUUCAUGUAGACCCCCAUCAGAGACUGACUGCUAAGCAGGUCCUCAAACACCCCUGGAUUAUCCAGAGGGACAAACUACCCAACAGCCAGCUCCCACACCAGGAUCCCAAACUGGUCAAGGGUGCAAUGGCGGCCACGUACUCUGCCCUGAAGAGUUCACAACCUACUCCAGAGCUCAAGCCCAUUGAAAGUUCGUUCUUAGCUCAAAGGCGUGUGAAGAAACUGCCCUCCACCUCCCUUUAG